GCACCUCGCCCUCGCACCGGCCACACACACCCCUGUCCAGCUCCGCUCCCAGCACAAAACUCCAGCAUGGCUGACCCCUGCUGCUCUAGCACUUGUGUUAUUGCCGCGUCCACCCUGUCCGUCUGCUCCAGCGACCUGAGCCGUGGCAGCCGCCUCUGCUCACCCAGUGCUUGCACUGGGUCCUCCUGGCGGGUGGACAGUGGCCAGGAGAGCUGCUGCGAGCCCCCGUGCUGCGCCCCGGCCCCCUGCCUGACCCUCCUGUGCGGCCCCUGCCAGUCGGCCCGCACCGGCUCCUGCUGCCGGCCGGCCUGCGGCCUCUCCUCCCCCUGCCAGGGAGACAGCUGCACCCCUGUGUGCUGCAAGCCCGUCUGCUGCACCCCUGUCUGCUGUGAGGACUCCCCCUGCACAACCUCUUCAUGCUGCCAGCCCGCCUGCUGCACCUCCUCCCCCUGCCAGGAAGACUGCUGCACCCCUGCGUGCUGCAAGCCCAUCUGCUGCACCCCUGUCUGCUGCAAGCCUUUCUGCUGCACCCCUGUGUGCUGCAAGCCCGUCUGCUGCACCCCUGUCUGCUGCAAGCCUGUCUGCUGCACCCCUGUGUGCUGCAAGCCCGUCUGCUGCACCCCUGUCUGCUGCAAGCCUGUCUGCUGCACCCCUGUCUGCUGCGAGGACUCCCCCUGCUCAGGCCCCUCCUGCUGCCAGCCCAGCCCCUGCUGCAGACCCUCCUCCUGCAUGUCCCUGCUCUGCCGUCCCGUGUGCGGACCCGCCUGCUGCACCCCUGUGUGCUGCAAGCCUGUCUGCUGCACCCCUGUGUGCUGCGAGGACUCCCCCUGCACAACCUCUUCAUGCUGCCAGCCCGCCUGCUGCACCUCCUCCCCCUGCCAGGAAAACUGCUGCACCCCUGUGUGCUGCAAGCCCGUCUGCUGCACCCCUGUCUGCUGCGAGCCCAUCUGCUGCACCCCUGUGUGCUGUGAGGACUCCCCCUGCUCAGCCCCCUCCUGCUGCCAGCCCAGCCCCUGCUGCAGACCCUCCUGCUGUGUGUCCCUGCUCUGCCGUCCUGUGUGCAGGCCUGCCUGCUGCACCCCUGUCUGCUGCAAGCCCGUCUGCUGCACCCCUGUCUGCUGCAAGCCUGUGUGCUGCGCCCCUGUCUGCUGCGAGGACUCCCCCUGCUCACCCCCCUCCUGCUGCCAGCCCAGCCCCUGCUGCAGACCCUCCUCCUGCGUGUCCCUGCUCUGCCGCCCCGUGUGCCCCCGCCCUGCCUGCUGCGCCCCUGCCUCCUCCUGCCGGUCCAGCUGCUGCCGCCCUGCCUCAUGCGUGUCCCUGCUCUGCCGCCCCGUGUGCCCCCGCCCUGCCUGCUGUGGCCCCGCCUCGGGCCAGUCCUGCUGCUGAGCCUUCCUAGACAUCACCCAGGGUCCUCUCCGGGCAGGACGCUGACCUCAAGCCAGCUGUGCCCCCUGUUGCUUGCACAAGCGCCAGGGGAAGGAGAGCCCUCCUCCUGGCCUGGCCGCUUAUUCAGGGACCUGGGAUGCUCACCACAUCUGCCCUGACCCCAGUUGCACAAGGGCACCCAGCGGCACCAGCCCCAUGAGCUCUGGGGUGUUCCUUGUCCCCCAGCAGAUCUGGCCCCACCCCAGCAGUGACGUCACCUCUGAGUCCUAAUAAAGCCACCUCUGACUC